AUGUCUGCACUACCACUGAAUUCUGUCGAAGAUUCACUCUUCCCAAGGCUGGGAAAAGUCCUUUGGGGCUGGGAAUUUUGCAAUGAUCUUGAGUCUGGGAAAGAGUGCAAUUCAAGGAGCUGUCCUCAUCGACGAAUCGGCCAACUUCGACGCUUUUUCCAGUUUUACAAAGCACUGAUCUUGAACUAUGUCGACAGCUGCUCUCCCGAAAACAGGCUAUUCAAAACACACCAGGAUCUUCACCAUGCGAUUCUCCAAUUAAAGGCAAACCCAGAUCUCACCCGAGCAGAGCUUUGUGCCUUCAUCGCCAAUCAAGGGGCCCACAGAGAACCAAGGCGAAGUAAUCUACUCAAUGCCAGCAGUCUUGUGGUCAAUGUCCUCACCAUGAUAGAUUGCUCAGCGCUCUAUCAGUCACCGGACCGUCUAGAGACGGGUACAUACAGGCUCCACUGGAAGGAUGACGUUCCAUUUAGCAAAUACAUACAGGACCUAUUUCCCACCACGAACCAUCCGAUUCUCAGCUUCAACGAAAGCCUUUCUUCCAUCGAGAUGAAGUCAGAACUUCGUGCCGUCAAACUCCAAAAACGACUACGAAUGCGGUUUCGGGAUACCCACGAUAUUCAGGACCACUUGAAAUUGGAUCGAAACCAGAAUACACUCGAAAUUUAUCACCAUACCGCGUUCCUCAAAGAACAGCUUCGGCUGACGAAAAGUGAUGGAGACUUUUCCCUUCCAUCUAACUCUAUCAGAGUGUAA